ACACAAGCACAAUUGUGUAAGAGCCCUUAACAGCACUUUUUACACACUGUAAUGUUCUUUGUUGCCCUACCCAGGGGACUCCUGGUGCUGGAGACCGACAUCAAAUGUCCAACACUAAUCAUGUCCCUAAGCACAGCAGCUACAAUGGAGUAUGCACGAUGCAUAUAGUAUCUAAAUAGAAAACAGGAGGCUGAUUUUGACAAGUAAAACCUUAUUCGGUAUGCCUAUAGGUACGUCUCCUGCUGCUGAGGCUGCUCACGGCGACUUAUUCACCGCAGCUCCGGAACGACAAAAGCAAGUAGUGCGCCGAGACAAGCCAUCCCCAGUAACUCCUCACAGCUCCCACUUCCGCACUGUGUCCCUGAGCCGCACAAACCCCGCCAGUUCCUGUCCCCUCACGUGACUUCCCCACAGCCAUGGCUCCUACAACAAGCUACUUGUGAAGCAGCUACCACCAUGGAAGAAGAGAGCAGACACUGGCUAGAGUACUGCCAGACUGGGAACGUCCGGCCCCGGGAGAGCAGCUCCGCUCCGCUAUGUGGCCCCACUUGCUGCACUUGCCCGAGGAAAUCCUUCUGCUCCUCUUCUCCUACCUGGACACUCAGGCGCUAGGGCGUCUUGCUCAGGUGUGCAGGAAACUUCAGCACUUCACCAGCAAGGAUGCCGUAUGGCGGAAGAUAGCCAAAAAGUGCCUCAACUCGGGAUUCGUGCAGCAAGGGACAGACGUAGCUUCUUGGAUUUCGGUAAAGGAAAGAGUGCGGGUCUCUCAGAACUGGAAAAAUGGACGUUGCAGACGCAAUAUCUUACUCAAAUGGAAACGCAAUUUAAUGCCAUGGAUACACCUAGAUGGAAAUAUAUUGUACUUGUCUCAAGCAGAAAAAAUCAGUGCAUACAAACUGUGUUCUAACAGCAAUGGAGUGCACAGGCAACCUUUUGCUGUGUUUUUGGACCACCGGGAAGAUGUUUGUCGAUUUGUACUCAACAAUUCCCAUAUCAUCAGUGGAGGGGGGGAUGGAAGGAUUGCCAUCCAUAAAGUUCAUAGCGCCUUUAGUAUUCACUUUACUGCCCAUGACCAGGAUGUAAACUGUGUGGACUGCCACAGGGGAAUAAUAGUCAGUGGAUCCAGGGACCGAACUGCAAAGGUGUGGUCCCUGACCCCUAGCAGAGAUGGACACUGUCUCCAUACCAUUCAGACAGAUGACCGAGUAUGGUCAGUUGCUAUAAAUCCUAUUUUAAGUUCAUUUAUUACCGGGACAGCGUGUUGUGGCCAUACAUCACCUCUGAGGAUUUGGGAUCUUCAAAGUGGAGCGCUUAUGACUUGCCUUGGAACUGAUUUCAAAAGAGGAGCUGGGGUGCUGGAUGUCCGCUAUGAAACACCAUAUACUUUACUCUCCUGUGGAUAUGAUACUUUCAUAAGAUACUGGGACCUAAGAACAAGCACAAGAAGGUGUGUGAAAGAAUGGGAGGAACCACACGACAGCGCACUGUACUGCAUGCAGAGCGAUGGGAACCACAUGAUAGCGAGCGGCUCUGCAUAUUAUGGUGUUGUCCGACUGUGGGAUAAGCGCAUGAACCAGUGUUUACAUUCAUUCUCCUUAUCGUCUCCAACUAGCAGCCCGGUGUACUGCCUCCAGUUCAAUACACGGCACCUCUACGCAGCGCUGGCUUCAGCUCUCCAUGUCCUCGACUUCACUACUGGCGAUUCUCUGUUCAAGGCCUUGUAGCCCCUGGAAGGCGUUUUAUACAAUGGGGAAUUACACAACUCGGCACCUCUGGGUUUUGAGCUGCUGUUCAAUAAAUAUUAUCAGAUAGUGGUUACUAUUUCUACAUUUUUAGAUCUAAAUCUUCACUGUUCCCCACCCUAAAAAGGGUGAUCUUGAUAAUUUAGGGUGAUACACAGCACAAGGAUUUAUCUCCAGUUUAUUCUUUAUAUUAUACAGGUAUAUUACCUGUUAUCCAGAAUGCUCGGGGCCUGGGUUUUCUGGGUCUUUCUGUAAUUUGGAUCCCAUACUUAAUUUACAUUACCCACUACAUAAUUUACAUUAAAUAAACCCAAUAAGACAAGUUAUAUCUUAGUUGGGAUCAAGUAUGAGGUACUGUUUUAUUAUUACAGAGAAAAGGGAAAUCAUUUUUAAAAAUUAGAAUUAUUUGCUUAUUAUGGAGUCUAUGGGAGCCUUCCCGUAAUUUAGAGCUUUCUGGAUAUUGGGUUUCUGUGUAAUGGAUCCCAAUACCUGUAUCAUCAAAGAGAGAGAAAAAAUGUGUAUUAUGUUAUUUAGACAAGUUUCUUUAUCUUAUUUUAUUUCUUUUUAAAUCGGUGACCAUUGAUAUUAACAAGUGGCAGGGGUCACUGACAGGGUGGGUAUGAAAGUAGCAGUGUGCCAGCGCACAAAGGCUAGCACUCUUCCAUGUAUUUGGUAGUGUAAGUGCAAUAGCAGGCACAGUGUCAGUUCGUGUGCACAUGGAGCCGCAGAGUCCUGCAUCGGGGUGGGUAUACACACUUAGAGGUUGGGUUUUGGGCAGAAAGUCCCUGAUUCCCUGACCGUGUGGGCAGUCCAUGGGUACCCGGCUAGAGUACAGAUGUGUUCCCUCUUUCCCAUACACGAAAGUGAUGCUAUUUUUCCCCUUACCAUGUUGAUUCACCUUCAGAGUAAUGUCACUUCUGGUUUUACCGGUCUCUGGGUUGAAACUCUUUGUGGGUAGGGUUGAGUAGGGGGCUGUAGCGUAACUAUAGAGGAAUCAGAGCCUGCUGCUGCAAGCCUUGGGGACAGGGGGGUCCCAGACCACAGGGUCAGCUUCCUCUAUAGCAACGCUGCCUGCGCGUAUGAGGGGAGGGGGGAGGCAGGUUGGGUGCUCCAGGUCCCAGAAGUUUUUUUGCAGAGGGCCUGGCACUCUCUUGUUACUCCGCUGGUAGUGGGUCUGGGUAGGGGCAUGGUGGGUGCGUGUCAAGUUGCUGGUCUGGGUUGGCCAUGGAUCUGCCCAACUGGACCCUGCAGGUCUUUAUCCUGUGUGGCACAGUAAGAUCAAAGUGCUCCUGCGUGGAAAGUGUAUACACUAGAUGAGCUUUUCUGUUUGGGGUUUGUGAGAUAUACUGGAAGUAAUUCAGUUUCAAAUUUUAGCAAGAAUUGAAAUGGAUUUACGGCUAUAUAGAACAAUAAAUAGCAAUGUAUAUGAGAAGGAAGAUCUUUAGCUGCAAAGUGGAGAACUAAAUACAUCUGCUUUAUGUUGCUGUUACUAUUGGGGGAAUCUCCCAUUUAUUGAAAUGUACUAAUGAUUAUCAGAGUGUGCUUGAGUUAACUUUUAUUACAAAUCAGUUUUCCUAGCCAUUAUCUCAGGUUUAUUCAUUCUGUGGGUCAGUUUCCCAACCCAAGAACUAGGGUAAGUUAUGGAACUGCCACAUUAAUGAACAAUCUCCUAAACUGCAGUGGAUGCUGAAUGAUUCUUUUUCUUAUAUAAACUAUUUUCUUCUAUAUUUGUAAAGUGUUUUUAGAGCAGAAGAUGUUGGUUGACCAAUUUCCAAAUAAAUCUGUAAACUGUAUAGUUUAGUCUGUUGUGUGUAGGAAACUUACUUUAGUAAGAGAGAUUGGUGGGACCCACUGUGUAUGCAUUGGGCCCAACAUUAGAACUAACUAAAGCUGGCCAUACAUGUGCUGAUAAAAGCUGCCAUCUUGGCCCGUCCAAACUGAGUCGACAGCUUAUUGGGCCAUUGAGAGGUCCUGUUUGACUGAUAUCUGGGUGAAGAUUGACCAUAGUGGGAGAGGUUUGAAAAUCUCUUAAAGAGAUGUGGUCCUCUUCUGCUGGGUCUCCAUAGGCCCCCAUUAUGAUCCGCUCGUUGGCCUCGGAGCCAAAUGGUCUGAUCAUCCUAAUUAGCUUCACUGUCGGUGCCAAAAUCAGGUAUAGGUUCUCUUGUAUGGCCAGUUUUAAUCCUAUAAGGCCUAAAUGUGCUUGAGAAGAAUCUUAUUCAGAAAUAUGCUGUGAAAUCUGCAGAUCUGUUACUAUAGAACCCUUUGGUUCUGCUGCAGUUGGAGACCUAGAAACAAAAAGGGCUGCUUUUAUUUUCAGAGAUUAGUGGGGGGAGGCAUUUCCUGCACUGCUAUUUUUCUAUCCGCUCCUCAGAUUAGAAUAUCACAUGGUGUAAAUGUUUCAAUGAUAAUGAAUAAAGAAGUAAAAUGAA